AUGAGGAUCCUCCUGGUGCUCGUCGCCCUGGCGGGAGCCGCCGGCGCCCAGCGGCAAUUCCAGGGGGACCAGGUUCUCCGGAUCAUGGCCAGGGACGAGGAGCAGGCGGCCCUGCUGAGGAUGCUGGGAGAGCAGGAGGAGCUCCAGCUGGAUUUCUGGCAUCGCCCCUUCGGCCCCGGCCACCCCGCCGACCUGAGGGUGCCCUCCCCCAGCCUCGGGGCAGUGAAAGGCUUCCUGGAGUCCCACAGUUUUCCCUACACCGUCAUGAUCGAGGACGUGCAGAAAUUACUGGAUGAGGAAAAGGAAGCCAUGGCGAGGUCCAGGAGGGUGAAGAGAAGCUCCAGGGCGUUCGAUUUCAGCUCCUACCACACCCUGGACGAGAUCUACUCCUGGAUGGACACCCUGGUGGAGGAUCAUCCCGGGCUCGUCAGCAAGAUCCGAAUCGGGCAGAGCUACGAGGGCAGAGACCUGCUGGUGCUCAAG